CAAAGUUCAUAUUGAAGGGCAGUCCUGAAACUUGAGGGAAACCCAGCCCAGGUGGAGAAGGAAUAUCUAGUCUGAAAAGGGUGUUGGAUAAGGGCUUAUUAUGUCAGACAGUGUUAAGAUGAUCAUCAAUCUGGCCCUCUUUGGUGGGACCCAGAGUGGGAAGAGCUCCGCUGGCAAUAGCUUGCUGGGCAGCAUGGACUUCCCCAGCCGUUUAGCUCCAUGUUCUGUGACCAAGGACUGCAGCCUGGGCCGAAGCUGCCAAAUCACCCACUUCAUGAGACGUGGCGGAAAAGAAAUGACUCUGCAGAUCCAAGUAUUAGACACGCCAGGCUAUCCCCACAGCAGCAUGAGCCAGGAACAGGUGAAACAGGAAGUGAAGGAGGCCCUGGAGAGGCAUUUUGGACAAGACGGUCUCCACCUUGCACUACUGGUCCUGAGAGCCGAUGUGCCCCUCUGUGGAGAGGGAGAAUGUUCUGCUAUCCAGCUGAUGCAGAUCCACUGAGAACAUACUUGGCUAAUAGCAUGAUGACUAAAUACCGAAUAACACCACUUCAGAAUAUCCCACUGUUUUGUAGGCCAGACAACAGUCUACAGAGUACAGACCAAAUCGGACAUUCUGGUCUUUUAUUAGCAGUGUUCCAAAAGGACAAUUUCCUAUCUUGCUUAUAGGAUGUGGGCAUCGUUAUAGGAAUAGCCAUCAACAAAUGCAAACUUUUUGUGGGUUGAACAAGCAGAAUGAUAUACUAGAAAAAACAUUGAAGCAAGAGUCAGAAAAACCUGGAUCCUACUCUGGUCCAUAGGACUACCAUCUCCAAAGUAUAACUUUAAGCAAGCCAUUCUCCAGGCUGAAGCUCUCUCAUAAAAAACUCUCAGAGAAGGUUGCAUUACAUGAUUGUUAAGGUCCUUUCCAGUUCUGCCAUGCUAGGUGGAAUAUAUCAGAGAAGUGAAAAUUUGGCCUUUUUAUAGGUAACAUAGCAUAUUUCUCCCUAGCUGAGGCUAUGUGUUCUGAAGCAUUAAUGUGUCUGGUGAACACACAAAGUGACACUGUGAGCAAUUUGUUUUUGGUUCAAACUCUACUGAUUAACUUGAAUGAACUAGAAAUAAGAUGAACUUAGAAAUAAGACACAUUUCCAUUGUUUGUACUUUGAACAGAUCAUUUUGAAAGAUCUCAUUGGAAUGAAUUGAAUAGAACUUACUAUAGACCUUACUUUAUUUAGGUACUACACUUUUGAAACAUCAUUAGGAAAAAC